CCACGUGUAACUAGGCGGUUUGCGGCCGGCACGGAGGCUGGUUUUGCAGUUUCUUUGAUAAACAGGAAGCUUGAUGGUGGGCCAAUGGCAUUGCAUAUUGAAGCAGUGAAAGAAGGUGAAGAGCCUGUGAGCUUUGGCCCCAAUUCUGUUCUUGUGGAAUAUGGUGAUGGUUGGAAGUUACAAACAGUAACUCAAGUAGAAGGUAUUUGGAAAGCUGAAUCCAAUCGCGCAACAACUGGACACAUCCGAUCUGCAAUGGUAUGAACUUUUGCUAAUUCUCUGUUCUAAAUUUUGUUUUCUUUGAACAAGGUUGUACUAGGAAACUAAAGAUAAGC